AUGCGUUCCUCAGUUCUCCUCACACUCGCUCUCCAAGCUACUAAUGUAGUCUCUCAUUCACCCAAUUCCUAUUCUUUCGAUCCAUUGGAGCAUCUAGCUGGAACUGCACCACCAUUCGAUCCUCAAGAUCCACCUACUGAUCCUGCUCCUCCUCAAGGAUGCAACGUAACUCGAGCUGCAUAUCUUGUUCGCCAUGCUGCAAUCUAUGCUAAUGACUUCGACUACGAAGAGUACAUUGAGCCUUUUGUACAGAAGCUCGCAAACACAUCUGUGAACUGGGCGAGCAUUCCAAGUCUUUCCUUCCUCUCAACAUGGCAAGCUCCUAUUACCGAUCCCGAGAUCGAAAUGUUGACCAGAUCGGGUAAGUUGGAGGCCACAAACUUGGGUGUGGAUAUCGCGCAGAGAUAUCAAAGUCUGAGAACUCCAAACAAAAUAUGGACGUCCACUGCAGAAAGAACCGUGAAGACUGCGCAAUCUUUCUCCAAUGGUCUUGCAGACGAUGCCUCAGAUAUUGAGAUUGUUCAAGUAUACGAAGGAAAGAACUCGAGCGCCAAUUCCUUGACUCCAUACAAGGCUUGCCCGGCAUACAGUUCCUCGGGUGGAAGCGAGGAAUCUGGCGAGUUUCAAGAAGUCUAUACCAAACCCGUCACCGCCCGUUUCAACAGUUUGGCUCCCGCUUUCAACUUCACAUCCAACGAUGUUUACGGCAUGUCCCUUCUCUGCGGAUACGAAACCGUCAUCCGCGGCUCCUCUCCUUUCUGCGACCUCUCCGUCCUUUCCCCUACCGAUUGGCUCGGAUUCGAAUACACAAAUGACAUUCAAUAUUUCUACAACACCGGCUACGGACACGAAGCAUCAGGCGCCAUUGGUUUCCCAUGGGUCAACGCCACCUUCAACACGCUCAUGACUGAACAAAACAACGCCUCAAACGCCACCACAGAUCAAGAUCUCUACAUCUCAUUCACCCAUCGCGAACUCCCCCCACCCGCCAUCCUUCCCUUCCUCACAAAUGUCGCAGUCGAGAAGAUGGAAUGCGAUAGCUUUGGUUACGAUGCCGGAACCUACUACAGAGUCUUGGUGAACAACAGUCCACAGGAUUUGGUUACUUGUACCGGGGGACCAGGAACAAGUUGCAAGGAGGAAGAUGUUCAGGAUUGGCUGAGCGAGAGAGCGGAAGUAGUAGGCUCUUUUGUGGAUGUUUGUGGUGUGCAAUAUGAUAAUGGGACGGAUAUUUUCAGUAUUUAUUAA